UUAGUUUCCUUUUUGUCUGUGAGUUGGGUUUUCUGAACUAGUUGUGGGGGAUUUGAAGUAUUUGGGAGAAAUUCAAAUUCAUGAAGGCUCUAGAUGGAAGGACACUGCUUCAUGCACUUUCUUUUCAGGCGCCCAAAAUUAGACUCCUUCGAAGUUUGUUGAUUGAAGGAAGUCCGGCAAUGCAGGUUCUUGAUUUUGCAGUCUUACCUGAACCAGAAUACGAUCUACCAAUAUUUUGCGCCAACUUUUUCACGACUGCUAGCCUAAGCAUAGUCGUCUUGGAUCUUAAUCCUUUGCAUGAUGUCGUUAUCCAAAAAGAUUACAAGGACAAGUACUAUAGAAAGCUACUGCCUCUUGGCCAGAAAUAUGUUGAGCUUUUGCCUUGGGGAGACAAGCUCACAAGUGAGUCUUUGAGAUUCUUUUCACCAAUUGUAAUAUGGACCAAGUUCAGUACAGACCAUCACAAGCAUCAAGUUCUGUAUUCUGCAUUCAAGGACUACUUUGAGGCAUGGCUUGAAUUGUUGGAGCAAGCAAUCAAAGAAAACGAUGAAUCUCUGAUUCAUCAGAAUCGUGAAGCACAGCACAAGUAUCUAACCUGGAGAGCAGAAAAGGAUCCUGGACAUCCAUUAUUGAAGAGAUUGGUUGGAGAAAGUCUUGCAAGGGAAGUUGUGAGGCAAUUCUUAUUCGAAGGAGUUGAUUCACUCGGAGUCAAGUCAUUCUUGGAUUAUUUCCCUGAAUAUCGUUGUGACGAUGGAACGAUAAAUCAGAAAAGAAGUGUGAUUGGAAAAUCAUACGGAGUUCGUCCAUGGAAUGACAAUGGAGAGUUCAUUGGUAACGAGCCAGGAGCCCGGAGAGUCGCAGGUUGAUGGGGAUGCAUUUUAGCCUCCGCCUUCUAUUUAGUUAUAUAUUUUCUUCUGGAGUUCCACAGUAGAUUUUUGUUUAGACAUUUGAGAGUCUUGUU